AUGGCCCCAACUCUUCUGUACUGCCCCGGCCGGGCCCGUACUCAACAUGCCACGAUCUUACGGGAUAACCCCUCUUGGGUCUCCUGUCCGUAUUGUGGCACCCUCCUAGCCGACAAGCCCUCCAACGCUUCCUCUGACGAUGACCUUGAAGAGGUGGACUUCCAGAACCUACCCGACCGAACCCGAAAGGCCUUUAAAGCGACCGAACGCCCCCAACCGGCACUGUACGCCUCAAACGCCGAGUCGCCCGCGGUGUCUACUCAUCGAGCCGGCGCAACCGCUUUCUCUUCUGCUCUUCGAGAAGCUGAUAAAGCCCGCCAGACUAGCAUUCAGAACGACAAGAGUAAGGCCGAACGGAGUAGUACGGAGCUUAUGCAGCCCCGUAAGAUCGGGAUUUCGUUGUACUUGUACGCUGGGAAUUACUGUACGGCCGAGUCUGGUGGUAUCGAGACUCUUGAGUGGUUCGACGUCAUGGCCGUACAUAGGUUUCCGAUGGCAGUACAGUUCAGUACGGCCCUGGAAACGGAUACACACCAGCAGUUGAUGUCCGCCAUCAUCAAACGGUUCUUCUCGAACUCGGGGGAGUGGGCGAAACUGGCUGAACGGGAGUGGACAGCUAUUCCUAUCGAUGGGAAGCCACUAAGCCUGAACUUGAACGUUCGGUUCUGUGAGGCGGCGUACGAGUCCACUCAGCUAUGGGCAUUCCUGUUGCAGACAGGACUUCUACCUCGGUCGGAAAUCCGCCUACACCUACGUACUGGCAUCUCGGCCGAACAACCAGAACGGGAUGAAAAGGUCAGUACGAAGGGGAAAAGGACCGUACUGGCCCAGCCACAAGGACGUAAACGCAAUACGUCCGAGCCACUGGCUAGUAUUACAGUCAAGGUUGAGAAACGGUCUACUUCAACAGCCAAACGAAUCAAAACGGAAGCGGAUGGGCCAGUACAGAAGGUCAACAAGAAGGUAGCCAUACCGGUCAAGGCCGAGGCCAGCGGGUCAACUCAACAGGAUUCAGUCAAAGCGGAGAUGAACGGCCCCGUCCGGGGGGUAAAGGUCAACGACGGGACGGACAAGCCUGUUCGGCGGACAUCUGAAGGAUGUAGUAUAGACGACGAUUGCGAAGAUCUCUUUGGGGAUAACCCUUUGCAGUCCGACCCCUUCGAAGUAUUCAAGGGUACACGUUCGCACGCGAAAGGUUCUGAACAGGCCUGUCUGGAGACUACAGACCUCGCUUGA